AUGUCAACGCGAAGUGGACGAAUAUACCGACAUCUACCCACAGCUGUAGAAGCUACACAAUCCAUUACCAAUAAUACUAUCACAAUGACCAACACUGAUGAUUUAAUGUUCGAUGCCAUCAUUAAAGAUUUUCCAAAAUUUUCUGGUCAGAAGAACGAAAAUAUUGAUGACUGGUUACGACUGUUACAUGAAAAAUUUUUUGCAUUAAAUUUCGAUGAAUCACAACAACUUAAAUGGUCAGUACAAUUUCUAAUUGGUGAAGCUUUAAAAUGGUAUCUGACACAAGUAGAGCACAUAACCACAUGGGCUGCUUUUAAAGCAGCAGUGCGUGCCAAUUAUCCACCACCACCAGAACCUACUCGUACCGCCAUUUUUCAACAAUUAUUAGCCCGAAAACAACAUCAUGAUGAGAAAUUUAUACAGUAUUAUAGUGAUGUUAAAAAAUUAUGUCAUAAAUAUGAUCCGAAAUUAUCAUCUGAACAACAAUUAGAUCUACUUAAAAAUGGUAUGAAAAUCUCUUUAUUAGAAAAAAUUAGUGGUCUAGGUGUAGUUACACCUGAAAAAUUAUUGGAAAUAGUACAGCUGUACGAAGCUGACCAGCAAUUAAUUGAUUCUCGUACGUUGCAAACAACGUCAGAUUCUACUACUCUUGCCUUAUAA